ACGACGGUGGCAGUUUCAGGAGCAAAGUUGUGUGAUUAUUAUUCAUAGUCCUAAGCGUAUGAAUAAAGACAUGUUUUGGAGAAGGAAAAAGCAAUGAUGGUGCUAAUUUUUUGUUUGUUUUGUCAAAAAUAAUUUAGACAUUGAGAACUAACAGCGAAAGUUGGCAGAGGUCGUAAAAAUAUUUGUGAAAUGACACUAUGAAAGUCUAGACGGAAUUCGAAUUUAUUAGUAAUUCUUUUAUGUGCAGAUAUAACGAUUGGCAUUUUAAUACAGAUAAAACCAAGCGAACGUGAUUAUACACAACAAAUAUUUGAAAAAUAGACGUUUUGAUAUGUGAUGCGAUUAUAUGAAGUUUAUUGUGAUAACCGACGGAUGAUUAAAAGGAUACAAUAAGGGGCUCAUAAAACACAUUUAAAUAUCCAUGAGUAAACAAAACAGCAAGUUGUAUUCUUACGAUACAAUAAUAUUCCUUUAAUUGUGAUAACCGAUAGAUGAUUACAGGGAUAAUAUAAGGGGCGUAUAAAACACAACUUUAGAAAUAGAAAUGGGAAAAAAGAAUAGCAAGCUUAAUUUUAACGAUCUAGAGGAAUUGAAAACUAAAACUUACUUUUCUGAAGCUGAAAUUCAACAGUGGUACAAGGGUUUUAUGAAAGAUUGUCCAGAUGGAAAACUGACAUUGGAGGGCUUCACGAAAAUCUACAAACAGUUCUUUCCAUUCGGAGAUCCAAGUCGUUUUGCAUUGUUCGUUUUCAAUGUAUUUGACAAAAAUAAGGAUGGUUACAUAGAAUUCCACGAGUUUCUACAAGCCCUGUCAGUGACGUCAAGAGGAAAUGUGGAGGAGAAGUUGCAAUGGGCGUUCCGAUUAUAUGACCUUGACAGCGACGGAUAUAUCACGAGGGAGGAACUUCGAGAUAUCGUGGAUUCCAUAUACAAAAUGGUGGGUAACACGUUGAAACUUCCAGAAGAAGAAAACACUCCCGAUAAAAGAGUAAAAAAGAUAUUUGAUGUGAUGGACAAGAACCACGAUGACAAACUUUCAUUUGAAGAAUUCCUCGAGGGAUCAAAGAAGGAUCCGACCAUAAUACAGGCGCUAACAAUAUACGAUGGUUCUCACGCGACGACUUGACAUAACCAGUUCCCGUGAAUGAUGGCCUCAUAUCUCUUGUUUCCAGAAGACAGAGACCACGGACAAGUUAUACACAUUUGUUGUGCGAAAUAUAUACGUUAAAUGAUUUUUGACGAUGGACAGUGACUAUGGCACACCCAAAAGAGCGAAUGCAUGUUUUAUCGUUUGUAUAUAUCCGCGACAUCAUCUUAUUAAAAUUUACGCAAUUAUUUAUUGUGUGUGUUCACUUCCAAACAGUAUGUAUAUAAACCAUAUCCCGUAAAGAGUCUUACACAGCGAGUACUUUUGAAUUUUUGUUUUACAUUGGAAGCUUCCAUCUCAUUCAUACUUAACAGGUUCAACAGCUUAUUGUAACGUACAUGUAUAUAAUCAUAACGAAACGGAUUUGUGUAUGUGGUCUUAUUCACAAAAUGUUUAAAAAUUGCACACCACCUUUAUCAAAGCUGCACAUACAUAAUCUUAUUGAUUUCGUAAGCACUUUUCAUAUUACCUGUUUAGUAAUAGUUUAUUAUAAGUAUCGAUUUAUUAAUUCAGAUAUUAUAUUGAUUAUGAGAGAUAUAAUAUGUUAAUGAUCAUUUAACCUUUAUGUUUGUAAUGUAAAGAAAGACAAAUUUAAUCUGCGUUUUUAUUCCGUGUGAAUUAGCCAGUUAACCAUGCGAUAAGUGACCUUUUUAAUCAACAAAUCUGUAUACCCUUAGAGGACUACUCUGUUCAAGAAAUCCUGCGUGACACAGAUCAUGUAAACAAACGUGUGCAUUUAAAAGAUUUGAAAUAAAAAUGUUAGUUGUUUAGUUCACUGUUUUAAUUAUGAAUUGCAUAACAUGUACACUGUUGUAUUUGUCGAAUCACUUUUUGCAAGGUAUUGUACCAGAACUACUUUUUUAGGAAGUCUAAGUAGUAUAUGUAUUUUAAAAUUGAUAAAUUGAUAAAUUGACCUUCAAUAUAGCAUACUUAUAUGUCAUUAAACAUUCUUUCUUUUGUAUAUUACAAUUGUAUAUGUUAAUGGAUGAACUAUCUGCAAGUGUUCUUUAUAAAAAAAAAUGAAUGAUCGUUUAAAGACAUUAAAUAACAGCAGGAACAUAUUAAACAAACAUUUUGUAGAACUGACAUUUAAUGCAAACAUUUACUUGGUACUUACUUCAUGAAUGAAUAUAAUAAAUUACGGUUAAGAUUAAAGAAGGUGUUUUUCGCACUGCAACCGAAUGAAAUCGAUUUUUCGCGUACCCUUAUAAGUGCAAAUUAAGAAAAAUAAUAGGCUAUGCGUUUAAUUUAUUCCAAAAGAGGUCAUGAGGAGCAGGUUAAUGUUGGCGAGCUUAAGGCUUAAGCUCAAAUGUCAAAGUUGGUAUAUGUUUUACUUUCCUCUUUCAUUAACAAACACCGAAUUUGAUAUUCGUUUAUAGGAUUACACUGUAUCAAUUGUACCUUAAUUUUGAUAACCCAAUGCAACCAAUAUACAGAACACAUAACUACUUCGAGUAAAUAUUUGUUUUUGCAUACAUUGGUUAAUAUUAAAUUUAUAGAUAUCAGUUUUGCUAAGGAACUAACAUUAUUUUUUUAUUUAAUUGUAAGUUUCCUUUUGCGUUGAACUGUCUGAUAUUUAUUAUUUCCGCUGUUGUUAUUUAAAUCAGAGAGAUGCGAAUAGUUAAAUACGUUUGAUAUAUAAGCCGCGCUCUGAAAACUGGGCAUUAUGCUUGUGCUUGAAGUGUCGUCCCAGAUUAGCCUGUGCAGUCCGCACAGGCUAAUCAGGGACGACACUUUCCGCUUUUGACAUUUUUCGUUUAAAUGAAAUCUCUUCUAAGCAAAAAUCCAAUAUAGGCGGAAAGUGUCGUCACUAUUUGGCCUGUGCGGGCUGCACAGGCUAAUCUGGGCCGACACUUACCGCACAUGCAUUAUGUCCAGUUUUAUCAGAACACGAGUCUUAUAUAUUUCACUCUUUUGUACGAUUUAUGUGAUCGGCUAAACGUACAAUAUGCGUAUUCUGUUGAUAAAAAAAUUGGUUGUAUUAAAAUACUUUUCUUAUUGAGCAUGUUUUUCUAUACAAUCUUUUUAAAUGAUCAUAACCAGAUACAUUUUCUUUGGCACGCAUUAAACACUAUGUUGAUGUUAUUGAUCGCGAAGUGCUUUUAUAAGUUGUUUGUAUUCUUGUAGAUACUCUUUUUUUAAAUAUACUUCAACAUUUUUUGAUGAUAAAGCAUUUCAUAAUCAGAUCUUUUUUUUAGUUUAAUGGUAUGUGGAUAUAAGCAUGUAAAAACAUGUAAUUAUUUAUU